CGCCCGGCGGCCCGGAGCAGGCGCGCUGGGCCGAGCCGCCCGCAACAGCGCCAAGGGGAAGGCCGCUGCCGCCGGGGCCGGCGCACUGCCGGCGAGCGGCGGGGAGGGAGAAGGACACCCGGAGCGGCGCGGCCGGGGUGUAAUUAGAUGAGGAUAUCAGAUGCAGCAGCUUGCGAACACUCUGCAGAACCACACAUGGUACUGUGCCUCCUGGCUGUGAAAGGGCAAGCAAGGGCUGGAGGUGGUUGGAGGUGGAUUUACCUUCAUGGAGGCACUGAAGCUUUACUGCAGAAGUGUGAGUUUCUUGCUCUGAGGAGCCCUGAAGGUGUAAUUUUGGGAUGCUAGGAGGAGAAAUGCUCUGCACUGAUACCUGAGAGCUGCUGAUACCUGAGAGCUGCUGAUACCUGAGAGCUGCCUCAGGAAUAAUGUUUCCAACAUGUCUGUGCAGUUGCUGCUUUGUGAAAGAAUUGCUAUUGCCAAAGAAUUGAUCAAGAGAGCAGAAGCCCUUUCCAAGAGCCAGAAAAGGAGAAUAGAAGGUGGGGCAAAACUAUGUGGCAAACUGAAGGCUGAGUUAAACUUCUUACACAAAGUAGAGUCAGGGAAGGUGGUCAUUAAAGAAUCCCAUCUGCAGAGUACAAACCUCACCCAUCUCCAAGCCGUUAUCCAGUCAGCAGAGAACCUGGAGGAUGUUGUCAGUGUCCUCCAUGUCUUUGCUUAUGAAGACAGGUUUGGAAACAGACAGACUCUGGUGGUAGAUGUUGUUGCAAAUGGAGGUCACACGUGGGUGAAGGCCAUUGGUCGGAAGGCUGAAGCCCUGCAUAACAUCUGGCUGGGGAGGGGCCAGUAUGGUGACAAAAGUGUCAUUGAGCAGGCAGAGGACUUCCUGCAGGCAAGCCAUCAACAGCCAGUGGACUACAGCAGUCCCCACAUAAUAUUUGCCUUCUACAACAGCGUGUCCAGUCCUAUGGCAGAGAGACUCAAGGAGAUGGGGAUAUCUGUGCGAGGAGAUGUCGUUGCAGUGAACUCACUAGUAGAACCAUCUGUGGAAAACCAGCACCUAAGUGUCAGUGAAUCGGAUGAAGAAGGCCUUGAACUGCAGGUCACCAGAGUAGUUCGGGAGAAUUUAGUGAGCAGCAUUGCUUUUCCUACGCAGAUCAAAGCAAAUGUGUGUAAUAGAGUGAACUUGGACAUCACUACAUUAAUAACCUAUGUCUCUGCACUGAGUUAUGGUGGCUGCUACUUCAUCUUCAGAGAAAAAGUGCUAACAGAGCAAGCGGCUCAAGAAAGGAGGGAGAGAGUCCUGCCUCAGCUGGAGGAGUUCAUGGAUGGGAAGGAGCUUUUUGCAUGUGAAUCUGCUGUCAGAGAUUUUCAGUCAAUCUUGGAGACGCUGGGAGGGGUUGGGGAGAAAGAGCGAGCUGCAUUGCUUGUUAAAAGAAUUAAUGUGGUCCCAGAUCAGCCAUCUGACCGUGCCUUACGACUAGUGGCUAGUUCAAAAAUCAACAGCCGUUCUCUAACCAUUUUUGGGACUGGAGACACUUUAAAAGCCAUCACCAUGACUGCAAACAGUGGUUUUGUGAGGGCAGCUGCUAACCAAGGUGUUAAGUUCAGUGUUUUUGUUCAUCAGCCGAGAGCACUGACAGAAAGCAAAGAAUCUGUUGCCACACCUUUACCAAAGAGCUGCCUUCAUUAUAAUGGACUGUAAUUUGUUAAAGGAAUUAGUCUUUGAAUAUUGCUGAUCCUUCAGUGGAAACAUCUGGAGAAACAAAAGUGUCUUAACAAUCCAUUUUCUGGUUGUUUAACAGAACAGUAACUGGAGCAAUGGGAGGGCUCCCCAGGAGACUUGCAGUGUCUUUAUUCAAUUCUUGGUUUUUGUUCAACUGUUAAUUUAUUCACUAAAGUAAUAACAUUUCAUUGAAAAUCAUUAACUGUUACAAUAUAUUAAUUGUAUCCAUCCCUAUUAAACAUUCAGUUAAAGCACA